AUGUCGUAUGGUAUAGUCUUCGAAAUCGCAAGCGACCUGGCACAAAGAAAUCGCUGGGUCAGUCAGUCGCGUCGUGCUGCGACAGAAGCUAUCGCCGGGCCUCUAGGCGCUGCACUGUUCCGAGCCGCAGCAACGUUCAACGGUCUGGACGCCACCAAUGUACAAUGUAAAUGA